UCAAAUACUCCAGUUGCUUCUCCCCCUUUCCGUCGCCAUCCUGAGAGCGCAGCGGAGGAGGAGACGUAGCGGACUCUGUAGGGUUUUUCAGUGAUGUGUGUCUAGGCAGCGGGACCUCGUGGAAAGAAAAGGGCAUUUUUUAAAUUUAUUUGAACGGACUCUCUGUGUUUCGGUUGCGCUUGGAAAAACCACAGAGUGAUAUUUGUGCUCGAGAAACUCGGUUCGAGAAAGAGGGAGGCGUGAAAGGAAAACUUUUUGUGCCAAGGUGAAGAAAUCGAGGUUUGUUGUUGCGAACGAGUCUCAAGGCAAAAGUUGGGGAUGUCUCUCUCGGUACCUCAGAACGGUGUAAAGGGGGAUAACGAACCCGUCAUCGAGCUUUUUGUGAAGGCGGGCAGUGACGGAGAAAGUAUCGGCAACUGUCCAUUUUCUCAGCGUCUCUUCAUGAUCCUGUGGCUGAAGGGUGUGGUCUUCAAUGUCACCACUGUGGACCUUAAGAGAAAACCAGCUGAUCUGCAGAAUCUGGCCCCAGGAACCCAUCCUCCCUUCAUCACCUUUAAUGGAGAGGUCAAAACAGAUGUCAACAAGAUCGAAGAGUUCCUAGAGGACGUCCUCUGCCCUCCAAAGUACUCUAAACUUGGCGCCAAACACCCAGAAUCCAACACUGCAGGGAUGGAUAUAUUUGCCAAGUUCUCUGCCUUCAUCAAGAAUUCAAAACCUGAUGCCAAUGAGGGUUUGGAGAGGGGACUGCUGAAGACCUUGCAGAAGUUGGAUGAGUACCUGUGCUCUCCUCUGCCGGACGAGAUCGACCACAACAGCAUGGAGGAAGUGAAGGCCUCCACACGCAGGUUCCUAGAUGGUGAAGAGAUGACACUGGCUGACUGCAACCUGCUGCCCAAACUCCACAUCGUUAAGGUGGUGGCAAAGAAGUACAGAGGUUUUGAAAUCCCUGAAGACAUGACGGGCAUCUGGAGGUACCUGAACAAUGCCUACAAGCGCGAAGAGUUCACCAACACUUGUCCCAGUGACAAGGAGAUUGAAAUCGCCUACGCUGAUGUAGCAAAGCGGCUUGUCAAUUAAUGGCUCAAAAUCUCCUCCACUCCGCUCCCUGCGCUGGGACUGUUAAUUUUCCAUCACACGAGAAAGAGAAAAAAAACAAGCUAUGGACUCCUUAUUUCCUUCUCUUUUAUUUAGAGUAAAUACCCACUGCAUGAUUGCUCCUUCCCCCGUUACAGCUCUUUAGGACAUAUCAAUAAUUUUCAGUGCGGCUGAAAGCUUUUUUCAGACUUUUUUUUUUCUUUUUGUCUUAGUUUAAGUGUUAAAGCAGGAAGUGCCAGAUACUGUCGGCGUAUCGAUGGCUGAUAGUGUGAGCGUGUGGCUCACGUAUAUCUAUUCCUCUCACCCACACUAUGUAGCAAUAAGAGUGGGUUCACCAGCCUUUUGUUUUAUGGAUUUAAAAUAUGAAAAAAGAUGCUUUUCUAAGCUUGCAAAGUGAACAGUUGACACACUUUUUUUGUUUUGUUUCUAUCUAAAUGCAUUUGAACAGUGUUGAAAGCUCCAGUGUUUAUUUUCAGAGAGUUUUAGAGAGCAGUGUAGCACCGAAGUCUCAAAAGAUCCUUUAUUGAAGUUUAAAAUGAAGUGCAUAUUGACUUGCGUUGAUAUCAGAAGGCUGACACUUAAAUAUGAAGUUCAUAUACACAUUAGUCUUCAGUUGUUUGCAAAAAUGGCACCUCAUACCAUGUAAAUUAGCAGCACCUGUGGCCUUUUUAUGAAGGAAAGACCUCGUUAACAGAAACUAUAGAUACAUGAAGAGAUUCUAUAGAUCUGCCUUAUUCACUGUAGAUUCAUUAUUUAACAUAAAAAGUGCUGCACUGUCAUAACUGCAUUUCAUGGCAUGAAACACAUGAAGGGAAACACCUGUGUAGAUCUACAUCACUUGCACUUCAUGUGAAGUGUCCUUAAUUUGAAUAGUAGCAAAAUGGGAUUUUCUUUUUUUAAAUAAAUGGUUUAAAUAGACAAGGAGCAUCUCAUUUAAAGAAGCUGAGUUUUUAAGAUGUGGUGCUAUCAAAAGACUGUAUAGACAGAAAAAAUGCUUUAUAGCCUUACCAAGUUAGCCUACCAAGUUUGAUUAAAGGCUCAGAGUAAAAUACUGCAUUAUAUGUUGAUACAACAUUGAAAGUAAGCUUGUAGUUUCUGAUUUGGUUGUUAAUGGAAGUUUAUAAAUGAAAGAAACUGGUUGCCAUAUGUUUUUCCAAUUCUUUUUUUUUGUGAUGGAGAAUUAUAAAUCUUGUUUUUGGUUUUCAGAAAUGAAUGUGCAAAUUGUAUACAUUCAUGAACUGAAUGUAGCAGAAUGACACUGACUUGUAAUGACACAUCUGGCCUUAUACAUUUUCUCAAGGUAGCAGAAAAGAGAACAUUAAGCAUUGAAUUAAACUCAAAAUCCAACAUACAAGGACAAAGACAGAGACCGAGUGAGAGGAAAAUAAAUUGAGACCCAUCUCUCUGCUGUUGGAAGUGAGUGAGUUGCUGCCCUGUGGGAACAAAAAACAGGAAGAUUGUGUUGCAGAGGAGCUUGUUUCCUUUUUCCUCUCCUCUGUUUAUGCUGAUCCAUUAAUGGACUGGAUGGUUGAGUGAAAAUGUAGGGAUUUUUUUCAGUUCACUUUGAGUUCAGACCAGGAGAUCAUUUGCACACUAUUAGAAAGUUGGACCAGGGACACUUUUUUAAAUUUGGUUUUUCAGCUUUGUGAAUUUAAAGGAAUCAGCAAUGCGCCAUGUGUUGUUUUUUGAAAGAGAGAUGCUCCCUCCGUACUAUUCAUCCAAUAUCUCUUUUUGAGAAACUGAAUGUUGAAAUGUUGCUCUUUGUAGAUUUCUGACUAGACCUGUGUAUGUGCGUGCAAGGAACAGGUUUGACAUUAACUCUAAAAACACUGCAUGUUUGCCAUAUGCCAUCGAACUCUCAUUAAAUAAACUGCUGGCAGCUAUGACAAA